GCGGAGAGCGAAAGAAAUUGAUUUCUCGUUUCGAGGAGGGAGAGAGACAGCGAGAGAGAGAGGAGAAAUGAAGGAGGAAGUAAUAAGCUCAGGGGGAACGGUGGAUCCCUUACCUUUCGCUAGAUCUUCUUCGCCUCCACCGACGCGUGCGGCGAGUUCUGCAGGAGCAUCCUCACCUGCUGUUCCGGUAAAUAUUGGCAGUAUUGAUUGGUUGGGCAAUGGCCCGGGUUCAAAAGCGGGUUCUCUAUCUUGUGUUGGUUCACAUCCUCCAUGGAAUUCCCUGAGCACAAGUGCUGGUGGUUCUAAUCUUGGGUCCUCACAACCUUCAUGCCGACCAUGGGAAAGGGGGGAUUUGCUAAGGCGUCUAUCUACAUUCAAGCCUUCAAAUUGGUUUGGAAAACCAAAGGUUGCGAGUUCAUUGGCCUGUGCCAGUAGAGGCUGGAUAAAUGUGGAUGCCAAUAAGAUUGAAUGUGAGUCAUGUGGAGCAAGCUUGAAUUUUGCUUUGUCGGCAUCCUGGACACCCUCUGAAGUUGAUGCUGCUGGUGAAACCUUUGCCAAGCAGCUUGAUACUGGGCACAAGCUCAGUUGUCCUUGGAGAGGAAAUAGCUGUGCAGAAUGUUUGGCGCAGUUCCCUCCAACUCCUGCAACAGCGCUAGUUGGUGGUUAUAAGGACCGAUGUGAUGGACUCCUGCAGUUUCUCUCUCUUCCUGUUGUAACUUCAUCCGUAAUUGAUCAGAUGCGGGUAUCACGAGGCCCCGAGAUUGAUCGUUUUCUUUCCCAGUUGCAAUCUUUUACAGCUGGAGAAUUGGGUUUUAAAGCGGAGAGCAUUAUAGGAGCGGAAUCCUCACGAGAAGAGGCCUUGUGGGAAUAUUCUCAUGCACAGAAGUUGAUUAGUCUCUGUGGAUGGGAGCCUAGAUGGCUUCCAAAUGUGCAAGACUGUGAAGAACAUUCUGCUCAAUCAACUAGAAAUGGAUGUUCUUUUGGCCCCACCAGGGACCAAACUUAUCCUUCACAGGAUCCUGGACCAAGCAAGAAUGGGGUUUCUGCUUCGGCUAAAAAAGACACUAGAAAGAAAAAUUUGUCUGUGCCGGAGUCUCAAUGUGAAUCUAGGUCACCUUUGUUAGACUGUAGCUUAUGUGGUGCUACUGUCAGAAUCUUGGAUUUCAUAACUCUAUCUCGCCCUGCCCGUUUUUCUCCAGGCAAUAUUGAAAUUCCUGAAACAAGCAAAAAAAUGGCAUUGACACGAGGAGUAAGUGCAGCCAGUGGAAUUAACGGAUGGUUUGCUGCUGAUAGUGUGGAGAAAGAACAGACUGAGGGCCGAGAUGAAGCAGCUACAACAGAUGAAGGAAAAUCACUGUCAAAUGCUGGUGUGGAUUUGAAUCUUACCAUGGCUGGAGGAUUGCCAUCUACGCAGUUGGUCUUUGCAUCAAUGCCUGAACGAUUUCAAGUAGCAGAUAUAGGAAGGGAUCUAAUGAUUGGACAACCUUCAGGUAGUGAAGUUGGUGAUCGUGCAGCUUCGUAUGAAUCACGUGGCCCAAGUACUCGGAAACGGAGCUUGGAGGAAGGUGGGAGCACAGUUGACAGGCCACAUUUAAGGGUGCAACGGGCUGAUAGUAUAGAGGGAACUGUCAUAGACCGCGACGGUGAUGAAGUUAAUGAUAGCAUACAGUAUUCAGCUGGGCCUUCAAAGCGUGCACGGGACUUGGACAUCUUUGAUAUGUACCAUUCAUCAUAUGGGAAGCGUUCAUCUGGUGCUGGUCCUAGUCAUUCAAUGGGGUUUGACAUAGAUGCUGAUGCCAACAGAAUUGAUGCACUGCAACGAUUUAAUGAUUACGUUAUUGGUCGCACGUCUACUAAAGACUCAGCACGUGCAUCCUCUGUUGUUGCAAUGGAUACAAUUUGUCAUAGUGCAGAUGAAGAUUCUAUGGAAAGUGUUGAAAAUUAUCCUGGUGAUGUUGAUGAUGUUCCAUCCCCUACUAUAUACAAGAAUCUAGACAUGAAUGAUGCAUCAGAGUUGAACUAUAGCAAUCAAGCGCAACAAAGCGCUUGUUUCCAACCAGCUGCUGAAAGAGUUGCUGGAGAAAUGGGUGGAAGUAGCACAAACGAUGGUGAAGAGAUAUUGAACACAGAAACUGUGACUGCUCAUGCUAGGGAUGGGUUUAGCUUUGGUAUAAGUGGAGGAAGUGUUGGUAUGGGUGCUAGUCAUGAAGCUGAAAUUCAUGGGACUGAUGUUUCUGUGCAUAGAUCAGACAGCAUUGUUGGUGAUGCUGAACCAAUAGCUGAAGUCACUGAAAAUCAGGGCCAAUCAGGUGAAUCUGCUCCAGAUCCUGGGCUAAUGGAUGAGUUUUUUCCUAGAGAAAUGGAGAGGGAGGAUCCUCGCGGGGACAGUCAAGAGAUGAUGUCUCGGUCUUUGGGAAGGGCAGAUAGCAGCUCAAAAAUUGAUGGUUCAGCCAAGGCUGAAUCUGUUGAAAGUGGUGAGAAGAUUAGUCAAAGUCACGUGUUGGCGCAAGAGACCAGUGCUCAUCCUUCUCUUUCUUGCAAUGCUGUUGUAUAUUCUGGUUUUGAUGCAUCUAAGGGAGAAGUGACUCGGGCUGGGAAGGCAUCGCUAGUGGAUGAGUGCACAUACCUUGAAUCGGAAUAUGUUGCUGCAAAUGGGAUAGGGCCUCCAAAUGGGGAAAGCAACUAUGAAGAAGCAGUAGUGUUUGAUCCAAUUAAGCAUCAUAAUCGUUUCUGCCCUUGGGUGAAUGGAAAUGUAGCUGCUGCCGGCUGUUCUAGUGAUGAUUCCAGUUCUAUUGUUGGUGCUAUUGCCCUUUGUGGGUGGCAGCUGACUUUAGAUGCCAUGGAUGCCUUUCAAUCGCUCGGCCAUGUCCCAAUCCAAACAGUGCAGUCAGAAUCUGCAGCAUCUUUGUACAAGGAUGAUCACCAAACUACUGGUCAAAAGCUCGUGGCAUGCCGCUCAGUAAGCAAGGGCCACGGACAUCACUAAGAUUGGAUCUCCAGAAAAAAGGAAUUGAAAUUCAUAUUUUGUGGUGCAAGCGAAGUAGUCAGGUUCCGCAGUGGGAUGGCAUUUGCUAUUGCAGAUUCCUCCAGCAGCGAAAAAUAGAAGCCUGUUAUAUUAAAUUUAGAAGCUACAAAAAUUUUGGAUGCUUUUCAACCAACCUUUAAUUUAGAAUGGAAUGCAGAGUUCUUUUGGUUUCUCUA